AUGAAGAAGCAUGGACUGACCGCUCGGCCUCUGGAGGCAGCAACGAACAUCCGAGUGGAGAGUCUUCCUCCGACUGUGGUGAAAGUUGUGGAAAAGAUUUGCGUUAAAAAAGACCUUGAGUUGAAGUCUAUCACAGUGAAGGCAUAUCCAUACUACGAGUCACUGGGAACCGCCUUGUACAGCAAAGAACGCCCAACAUGGAAGAUGCCCGAGCCCUUCACAGAGCCUGUUCUCCACAUUAUCUGGAAAUUCCUUGUGGAGAAGAAACUAUCAGAACACAUCAAUGAUCAGAUGCGUCCACACUUCUGCAGAGAAGAUGCCAUCCUGGUGCUGGAUGCAUCACAAGGGGUUCUGACAGUUGCUGGCCGAGCUGAUGAUAUAAAACGAAUCAGGGCUCCUGUGGAGAAGAUUCUUCUGAAAGCCAUGAGUCACAUUGAACGACAGACAAAGAGCAUCUCUGAGGAAAUGAUUUUGCCCCCUGCAUGGUUCUACAUCCUGAAGCUGGAGGGGCUCCAGACAGCUGCUCUGGACAUUUCUCCUGAGAUGAAACUCUCUUAUGAUGAAGGCACCCAGAAGUUGACCAUUACAGGACUCACUGCAGAGUUCUACAAGACCAAGUCAUGGAUCUCUGAGAAGAUAAUGAAUAUGAGUAAGAAACAACAGAAUGUCCCCCCAUGUCUUCUAGACUUUCUCAGAACAUUGGAUCCCAUGGACAUGUCCCAGGAUCUGUUCACAUCUCAAGGCAUCAGUGCAGUCUACACCAUUGAAAGCAAAUGGCUUCUCCUGUUGGGGAGUUCUGACAGAGCCCUUGUUGAUGCGGAAAGUAAGAUGAAGACUGCUUUGGCUCAUCAGAUUGUAGAAGUGGAAGACCAAAAAGUUCUAAAACUUCCCACCUGGGGCCACCUGAAGCAAAAGCUGCUGGAUACCUACAACCUAUCCAAGAAAAAAACUGUUGCCAUUGAGAUGCAUCCAGAAAGAAGAAACAAAAUAACAGUGGCGGGUUUUGUGAAUCCAGUGAAAGAGGUCAGCCAGAGUCUGAGGGAGUUUAUUGCAAAGAUGGCCAACUGCUCCAGCGUUGCACUGCCAGCGAUCAGCUCGGGCAUCUUUGGUUUCCCUGUUGACCUCUGUGCUGAGACCAUAGCCCAGGCAGUUCGGGAGCACUGUGACAGCCCACAAGGUCUGAGAUCAUUAACUGAGAUUCACCUGGUGGACAACAAUGAUAGCACCGUCAGAGUCAUGGCUACAGCUGUGAGCAAGGAGUUCUCAGACCUCGGACCUAUCAUGACCAUCCCACAGCAAGCAGGCGGGAAACGAACAGGAGCUUCAGGUGGACAUAAGCGGGGUCGAGGCAGAGGCAGAGGUCAGAACCAAUCACAUGAUGCCAGCUGGUGUAAUGAAAAACGAGAAGAAGGAAGAGGCGGUGGAAGAGGAGGUGGAAGGGGAGGAAAUCAUCACGGUAACAGGGGAGGCCUGAGCCCCAAGCAACAAAUCAGCCAUAGAGAGCAUGGAGGGUUGGAGCAGACCACAGCUGAGGGGCUGAAGAUCAUUUUAUGUAAGGGAAGCAUUCAGGACCAGACUACUGACGUCAUCGUCAACACCAUCUCAGAGGACAUGACACUGAACCAGGGAGCUGUGUCCAAAGCCAUCCUGUCAGCAGCUGGAAGCAGUCUGCAGGACGCCAUCUACUCUGAAGUCAGAAGGAACACGCUGCGAUACGGUGAUGUUGUCGUCACUGACGGCUACAACCUCACGUGCCAGAAAGUCUUUCAUGCUGUUUGUCCUUUCUGGGACAAAGGAGGCGGCCAGGCAGAGGAGGAGUUAACGUCCAUCAUCAGAUACUGUCUGGUGGAGGCUGAGAAACGUCAGAUGGCAUCGUUGUCCUUCCCAGCCAUCGGGACAGGAAACCUGAGCUUCCCCAGAGCCCUGGUGUCCAAACUCCUGCUGAGGGAGAUCCGCUCGUACAGCAGCAGCAGAAACCCUCGCUGUUUGAGAGAGGUGGUCAUCGUCGUUCACCCCAGUGACAGCCAAACCGUGGAUUGUUUCACCAGAGAGUUCACCGGUCAGAGGAACGUCCAACAUGAAGCACGUGGUUUUCAUGAGGUACCAGCUCAACAGGCUGUCGACCAAUCACAGCACUCCUCAGUCUUGUCCACCUCCCUCGAUGUGUACCAGAUGCAGAUCGAUCAACUCACCUUUGAGGCAUCAUCAGGUGACAUUACCAAGGAAGCCAGUGAUGUCAUUGUCAAUUCCUCCAAUCAGAGCUUUAACCUUAAAGCAGGAGUGUCCAAGGCGAUCUUAGACGGUGCUGGAGUAACAGUUGAGCAGGAGUGCGCUCAGCUCGGUGUGUACAUGAAGCUCCAG